UAUAACCCACGUCCAUUCUCUCCCAAGUUGAUCGCCUUUAAAUCAUUAAAUCCCAAAAACGUUGGAAACCCUGUUUAAAGAGCAGAAAUAUUAUUCCUGUUCGCGGUAUUUCUAUCUCUGCUCCCAUACAAGGAAAAUACAAGGAGAAUUGUCUGCAAAAACUAAAUGCAGAGCGUCGAUUUUACGUCCUACUAUUUUCUUUUUUUAGUUGUCAAAAAUUAUAUGUUUUCUUUUUUAGAGAAAAUGGACAAAAUUCACGAUCCUGACAAUAGAUCUUGGAUAUCGGAACUUAUUCAUCCAGCAGAAAUACUGGACAAAUUCAAGGAAGAAGUUAACAAAAUCAAACCGUUGGCCUCAGUUAACGAGACUAGUAUAAAACCUCACCAUUUGAAGAGUAUGACGGGAAUACCUGACGACAAAACAUUUAAAGAAUUGGAGUCUGCGAUGAACAUUGAUAAUCUGACUUUAGAAGGCGAGUGUCACCCUAUGCAGAUUCAAAACCAGGGUGGCUCAGUGUAUGGUUUGGGGGUCCCUAAGUUCUAUACUACUCAAAUCCCUGAGGCAGGAAGGGUUGCCUUGAAGACCUUGUUUUUUCAACAAAAAUACCUUAAGGGAAUUAAGGAAAAAACAGGAAGAUUAAGAGUAAAGAGGAGUAGGAUGCACUACGAGGACAAUGAUAAUUGGUGGUUGUGUCAACCCUACCUUAACAAACAUGCCAGCGCACACAUGACUGAUAGUGAGAAGUUAUAUUGUGUCCGAGUAUACAGACCUAUCAAACAUCUUACUGAAGGCGUAACAACUUGUUAUAAAGAUUUAACAUACACCCAGGAGAUAUGGCUGCUAGGACGGAAUACACUAUCUGAACUCAGGGAUAUGAUCUCUUGUUCAGUCGACAACAAUAUUGUUGGUAAACAACAGGUUGAUACUCUACGGAAGCUGGCCCUUAGAGCUGGAGAUGUUUAUAAGAGCGGAUUCAUUUAUAUAAAUGGAUGCUUUUAUAUCGAUAGAAGACACCCCACAAAUAUUGACUACAGCCAAGUUAUUCGAGACUGGGUGUCCAAAGCAGAUAGAGGAAUCGGUCCAUUGAGGAAAGGAGUAAUGGAGAGCACUACCUUGGCUGAUCUUGAACUCAGGGUUGGAUAUCCAUACCUAUACACACAUCAGGGUAAUCACGAGCACCUCCUUGUAUUCAAUGAUGUUCGCCUGGUUGGGCCUGAGGAUCCACAGAACGUCAACAGUUAUCCGCUUGUAAGGUCGCUCGGUAUUCAGAUGAGUAGACAUUGUAUGGUUUGCCAGACAGAUACAGCAACUUGGGUGACCGAGGAUAAUGCGCGAGUUUCUGAGAAUCCGUUCUUCUUCUGUACACUCUGCUACAAGAGAUCAUUAGACUGGAAAAUGUCGGAUGACGAGAGAGAGAUCGAUGUUGAAGAUGACGGGGAGAUGAACAAUGAUUCCGGGUCUGGGGGUAUGUCCGACAGUAAAAGGGCGUUACACAACGCUAUGGAGAGAAAGCGCAGAGACAGUAUAAAGGACAGUUUUCGAGGUUUACAGGACUGUAUUCCAACCUUAAGAGGGGAUAAAACUUCCAGAGCCCAGGUGUUAAAGAAGACCGGGGAUUAUAUAUCUCAGAUGCAGCAGAAAAUAUCGAAACAUCAAUCAGAGAUCUCAGAUCUAAAAACUCAAAACGCGGAGCUGGAGGCGCAGAUACGUGCUAUGGAGAAAGCAAAAACUACUUUUGGGAGCUCUUUGCUCAGGAGUGAUAGUAUUCUUAGCUCCGAUAUAGAUAUUACGACUCAGGUAAACUACACUGUACUGUACUUUAUAUUGUACUUACUGUACUUUAUACUGGCUUUACUGUAUUGAACU